AGGGACGGUGUUGGAGACGGCACCGCUUCCGGCAGCAGGGCAGCGUGGACACCCGCGGUCAGAGGCGAAGAUAAACUCCUCUGGUAUCUUUGGUCAGAGCGACCCCACACGUGGCGCCUCCACACCCGAGACAACACCCUGGCUUUGAGGACAAGUGCCUGGCCUGUACACUAUGGCAAAGACUGAUCUGCAGGCGGACAGCGUGGUCACUACUGGAUCUGCCCAGGGUCACCAAAAGAAGAACAAGAAGAGGAAGAAGUUCUGGGCUAAGGAGAAAGGUGCGACCAAAAAGACGGAACCAAUAUUGCCUCCUGGAGAUGGUGCUGAAUAUUCCACCAACUGGAAGGCACUGCAGCAGCUGCUGAACCAGAAGACAGAAAACGAGCACAAAGUUCCAGACGGCAAAAACCAGACGAGGACCAAGGAGGAAAAGAAACAUUGUCAACAAGUCAAACCUGAGAAAGGGGCAGAAAAGAAGACCCAGCCACACUCUUCAACAAGUACAUCAGCGAGUGAAAACGGACUGAAGCUAGAUAAGAACGCACAACGUAGGGAAAAUAAGCGGGUUAGGAACGGCCAUGGCCUGGCAGAGGAAGGUUAUGGCCCUCAACAGAGAAAACGAAGAAAGGUGGAACCAGAAGUUGAGAAACCACCUGCGCCUGACAUCUGGUUUGAUGACGUGGACCCCGAUGAUAUCGAAGCCGCGAUGGGGCCAGAAGCGGCAAACGUUGCUCGGCGGCAGGAAGGUGCAGCGUCGGGAAAUCCAAACCCGACAGAACAAGGCUUAGAAAAGGCGCUGGUUAAGGAUGGAGCUUUUGAAGGACUGACCAAAGCUGUGGCGAUGGACUGCGAGAUGGUCGGUGUGGGGCCAGACAAAGUCGACAGUAUCCUGGCAAGGGUCUCCAUUGUCAACCAGUUUGGCAAAUGUGUUUAUGACAAAUAUGUGAAACCAACGGAGAAAGUGACCGAUUACAGGACCUGGGUGAGUGGCAUCCGGCCAGAGAACAUUAAGGACGGUGAAGCCUUCAAAGUGGUGCAGAAGGAGGUGGCAGACAUCUUGAAAGGCAGGACGUUAGUCGGCCACGCGAUACACAACGACCUCAAGAUCCUGCUUUUGGAUCAUCCGAAAAAGAGAAUUCGUGACACGCAGAAAUACAAACCAUUCAAGGCAGUUACCAAGUGUGGUCGACCUUCUCUCAAACAUCUAUGUCGAGAGAUCCUAAAGAUUAAAGUGCAAGAGUCUGAACAUUCUUCGGUGCAGGACGCGCAGGCAACAAUGAGACUGUACACGUUGGCACGAAAAGAGUGGGAAGCCGAGUUAAAGGCAAAGCACAAAGAGAAGAAAGAAGCCAUUAAAGAGAAAACUGAAGCUCAUGUGAAAGAGGAGGGGAGCACAAGAAAGUGACAGUGAGGGAGGGACCAGUGUCCCCCUAAUGCUUCUCAGAGGUCAAUCCAUGCCACCCUUGCACUGCAAUUUAAAUUUGACAGAGGAACACAUGUGGUUGUGUGGGGAAGGUCCUUGUGUGGCAACAGCGGUAUUUGUGAGAUCAAUGGAUAUUGCAGUAAAGAGCACGAUACACUAAGUGGAUGCAAACAGAAAGAGUAAGCAGCUGCUGCAAUCUCCCCAAAGUUGUUCAUGUGGCAACUCGAUGGUUUGGACCGAUACUGAAAUCUGUACAUUUUGCAGAUAUUCUGCAUCUAAUCCUAGGAAUUUUUAAGAAAUUUAAAUGUGUCAAGCUUUUACAUCGAGUGGCGCAAGUUGGUGACUGGGAGAACACAGAAGCUGCAUGAAAUAAGGCCCAGGGUGCUGGGUAGGGUAACAGCUGGUCAGGCAGCAUCUCUCGAGAACAUGAUAGGUAACGUUUCAGGUCGGGACCCUUCAGACUGAAGAGGGGAUCACAAACCAAAACAAUGCCCAUCCAUAUUGCCGAGAGAUGCUGCCUGACCUGCUGAGUUACUCCAGUACUUUGUACCUUUUCUUUGUAAACCAGCAUCUUCAGUUCCUUGUGCCUAGAAAAUCUGUGCACCCUGGUUUAGUUUCAUACAUUCUCAGAGCAGAGCUCCCCUCUAGAACAGGGAUCCCCCAUCUAUUUUGUCCCUUUUACUACUGGCAACUUUAAUAGCACAAUAGCAAUGUUAUUUCACGUAUUUAUGAACAACUAAUGAUGAACAGAUACCGGUAUACCAGAACCAAACACAGUCAGUCAAUGAGAACAAAUAUGUACAAAUCCACAAUCAACAAA